AUGCCAGGCUCAACAUCCAACGGCAACGUCUCGCAAAGCGUAGACUGGCCAGCGCUCAAAGCCUGGAUCGCCCAAAAAGAAGCCUACGAAGCGCAGCACGGCCGCCCGGCUCCGUUAACAGAUGUAGAGGCCUCAGCAAUUGCAGUACUCCUACAGCCGGCCCCGCGUCCGGAGCCGGUCAUCGGCAAGGAGAACUGGAUUGGUGUACUGAACCACUUCCUCCAAGUCCGCGAAAAGAAGGUCACCUUCUCAGAUGAAGCCCGUCAGAUCCCCAGACUAGGAAAAGCACCAGAGCUGCGCUGGGCAUGCUUCGCCAAAUUCGACAGCACAGGGGACACGUUUCCCCGGGCCGGCAACGGCAUCGAUGAAGGUGCCUCCCUGAGCCCAGACUUCACCCGCAAGCAGGACGCGAAGCAGUUCGCCGCCAAAUGCGCCUGUGAAUGGCUCAUGGAGAACGGGCUAAUGCGCCGGAAUGGCGAUCUGCCUAUGAUACCGCCGCCGUUUCCCAGUCCUGCCGCCGAACGGGCGGCUACUUCUGCUGUUCCUCAGCUGGCGUCCGUUCCGACAAGGAAGCGGUCUCCUCCGAGCUCGCCUCCCACGUUAGUCACACACGACUUGAGCAGCAUAAAGCAGGAGACGUCGCCCACCGAGCCGGAAUCUUACAUAGCAUUCUCAGAGCCCAGUCCACGGCAGCCGCCGUCUUCCCCGAAGCAGAAACCAGCAAAAGCGCCGCGAAUGACGUCCCCUGCCAAGCCCUCCGCUUCAAACUCGAUGUCAACAACAGCAUCAUCCUCCGCCGCAACCUCCCCAGGAGGCGCAGGCGCAGCAACAUCCCCUUCAGACGUUCCCGCUACAAAGCGCGUGACGGACCUCUGUACCCGGCUCGGCUUUCCCGCGCCCGAUUAUCGCAUCGGAGAAGACGAUUCGGUCCCUGGCGGGAACAUAUGGAAGGGCACAGCAUACUUUGACAACAGCCCAGUUGUCCCCGAAGAUAUAGGGACUGUGAGAGGGAUCUAUACGAAAAAGGCUACAAAAGAAAAGAUGGCAGAGUUGAUUCUGGACUGGCUGCUAGCUCAGCAGAAGAAAAGGGGCCAGGAAAAGAAGGCCAUACUUGAAGCAUAG